UGCACAAAAAUUAUUGGUCAGUGAUUUUGCUACAAGACCGACCUGAGAGAGACAGUGAGGCAUCAGAGCCAUGAUGAAGACUUUGUGUGUUGCUGUUGUUGUGCUAAGUCUCACCUCAGUGUGCCAGCCUGCGCCGCUGGUCUGUGAGAAGCUGCUGAAGCCAGUGGACAAAGCCUCAGACAUUUCUGGGAGUUGGUAUUUUAUUGCCAUGACCUCGAAUACCUGUCUGGUUACAACAUUACUGAAUUAUGUGUCUUGGCCAAGUGUUUCAUUGAAGAUUACCUCCAAGAACACACCCAACGUCUAUGAGAGCAACUAUAUCUUAAAAAUGUAUGGAUAUUGUGAUACUGCCUCAGAAGAAUUUUUGUUGGAGAACAACAAGAUUUUUUAUGACAUCAACAAUACCCGAGUUGCUGAACCAGAUGUGUUGCUGCAGAGUGGCUGUUCUGACUGCUUGGUUGUAAAGGGGGAGGAGAACAUUGACUCUCUCUUGCUCUUCAGUAGGAGGCAGAAUGUCUCUGCUGCUGAGCUGAAGGAGUUUGAGAAACAGGCAGAGUGCCUCGGCUGGGCCAAACCGGAGGUCCUAAACACAGACCACGAUAUGGAAAACUGCCUGUCACUGGACACGGACGACAAUGAUGAUUCAGAAUUGUUAUCCUUGAUUUUUCAAAGACUGGGCAAAGAGUAUGCAGUGCCCCUCAAGUGUCUUUCAGAGAGCAUUCAAAAAUACCACAAGGCUGUCUGUGAGUGGGUUCAGCAACAGUGGGCUACUUUAUGGUGAAUGUGCUAGGGCACUGCUAUAAUAAAUAUUCAUUCACACAAUCAUAUUUUUGUGAAAUGGUGCAACCCUACUCAAGAUGUAUAAAUUGUUUAAAGGGAAUCGACUACUGUUAAAGGUAAAGACUCUCAAAUGUCAUAAAACAACUUUUUUUUCAAUUCAGGUUUUUAGUGGUAAUCUGCAGUGCUUUCUACACAAUUCAAUGUCAUCAAUAUUACAUAGAUUUUCUUUUGUUAUUUUUCUUUUCCCCUUUUUUCUUUUCUUUUUUAAUAAAUAAAUGACCACUGAAGUAUAAAAGUAUUUUGCAAUGCAGACAGAAAUCACACACUGCACUGCACACGCUGAGCCAGGAUUUAAGCGUGAUUUAUGGUUGUGUGGAGCCUCCAUGCAGAGCUUUCAAAGUAGCCUACAUACAGUAAGUGGCCUGAAAUUUAUACUUGGUGUGUGCGUAGAUCUCUUUAAGAAAAUAACAGGGCUGGCAUGUGUGUGUACGUGUGUUUUAUAUGUGUUAAAUGAUUAAUUAAAGUUAAAGAGGUUAUAUAAAGCAUCAACAUCUGUAUGUGUUCGAGGGAUGUUUGCUCAAUGGCACAGAGCUAGAUUGUGUAAUUGGUAAAUGGUAAGCAGACUUAGACCCUUUUUACAAAAACAACAUUUUAACUUACUAAACACUAACUAAUAAUAUAAUGUCUGCUUAAACCACCAUGUACACUUCAGUUAGAAAAAUAAACCUGCCUAUCCCCAUGUAUAGAAUCACUGAAAUAUGUAAUAUCAACAUAUUAGUAACACCAUUUUACACCAACAGUGUAAUAAUACUUCACAGCACAAGCAACCUCCAUAUCAUCCUUGAAAUGGAUUAACGCCACUAUGACACAACAAAUUAUUCUGAUAAGCUUUGUGUUAUUGCAGAUCUGUGGUAUUGGAUUGCAUUAGAUUUAGCUAAAUAGUUACAAUAUGAAUUUACAUCUCAGUGUAUGCCCUAUGCCUGCCCUAUGCCUGUGCAUUUAGUGAAAUAUGGUAUGUUUGACAUUGAUACACAAUAAUGUUACAGAGCUAUAAUGCUAUAAAAACAAAGUUGUACACUGUUGAAAGAAACAGUGAAAUAUAUUUUUAAUAUCUGAUUCUAUUGUGUGAUCUUGCAUCAAAAAGAAGGUGUGCAAAAAACGGCAAAAUACUAAAUCUGGCUAAAAUUAUUGUGUGUAUGUGCUUCAGCCACAUCACAUAUUUGCUGGUAAGAAACUUGCUAGUGAUGGGAUGGUGUCUGGUUUGAUCCCGGACCCAACAAAUAAAUCGGCCUUUUUCACAGAGGAAAUUUUGAUAUCUCACGGUAUAAAAAACUGAAAUAAAUGUAUGAUUCAUUCUA